AUGAACGAGUUUGACGACGUUGAACGCGAAUCCAGUUCGCCACUGGACUUUGGCGUGGCGGACGUGAUCACCACGACUAUUGUGUACCUGACGUGCACCGUCGCGGUGUACCUGCUGUGCACAUUCGUGGAAGACGACACUGACGAAUCGGCCACGCUAGCGCCGGACGGCACCGGGACACCGGACACGGCACCACCGAGACCGGCGGCAUCAGUAGCGUCGGAGACACCUGCGGCGGGAGCCGGAGGAUCAGGAGCAGCGUCGCCUACGCCGCCCACUCCACCGUCCGCGGCCCAACCACCGGCCGAGACGGGAGAAGCGUCGCCGGCCGCGGUGCCGGACAUCAUGGGACGCGAGAAACGCCGACGGUGA